UUUUCUUCAUCCAGUAACACUCAAAUCUUAUCAUACACAAACUCAAAAAAGGAUGAGUCCUAUGUUUUACUCCCUUCUUGCCUUAACCGCUGUUUUGGCCGCGGCUGCAAACGCCGUCGGACCAAUUUUCGACACUGAUGGUGAUGUCAUAUUCGGCGUCGGCAGUUACUACGUUCUCCCCGCUAUCUGGGGCCCUACAGGUGGCGGCCUGACUCUCUCCUCCCUUGGUGACAAGCAAUGUCCUCUUUAUAUCCAGAAGGAAGAUUCAGAGGUCCAAAGGGGCAUUCCCGUAAAAUUCUCAAACUGGAAGCCUAAAGUUGGAUUCGUUCCCGAAUCAGAGAACCUCAACAUCGAGAUGGAUGUUGCAGCUACGAUCUGCGUCCAGUCAACCUACUGGUGGGUUGCUCCGUCUCACUUGCCCAUUAUGACUUGUUUCAUAGCGGCUGGCCCUAAGCCAGAACAUGGAGAAGAUUCUUCAAGGAGUUUCUUCCAGAUCAAGAAAACUGGUGGACUUCAUAACGUCUACAAAAUUACGUUUUGUUCUGGAGAUGGGGGUUGCGACGAUGUCGGGAUAGCUAGGGACGCAAAUGGCGUUGGGCGUUUGGCUGUAGGAUCUGAGCCAUUCCCGUUUGUGUUCAUGAAAGCUGGUGAGACAGAGACUUCGCCCAAGACGAUGUCUAUUAUCUGAGAGAAAUUAAAGACUACAAUAUCAAGAAGAUAAGAGUUUUAACCUGCAUUAAAGACUACAUUAUCUGUGUGUUCACUGUUUUCUUUUUUUCAUCAAUCAUCAUAUGGAACAAAACAUCUUUCCUUUGUUUCUUUUUCAGUUCUCUCUCUAGUUUAACGAUUCACAAAACUUGGAAAUUAAACAGAAGCAUUUUUA